UUUGUUACGUGAAGGCCAAUUUGCAGAAAAAAGUAGAAGAAAAGAAGAAGAAGGAGAGGACGAAGAAAGAGUACAAGAUUGUCGUGCCAUGUUAAUAAAGGAAAAACAGAGAAAAGGAGAUGGCGUACAGGAGAAGGCAGGGACUGAGCAAAUCCUCCACGUUCAAGGAAGAGAUUCUCCACCAUUUACCGGAUGCCACCUCCUCUUCCUCCCCCUUUGACUCCGGUUCUCUCGCCGCUCCGGCCCUUCAUGCUUCCUCUGCUGCUCGCGAUACCAACUCCCCUGUUCUUUCUAAUGUCGAGCCUACAAGAUCUAAGGGCUUUAAUGCCUACGAAGACUCAAUAAAUGAUUCUAAAGGUUUCUGGGGUGUUCUUGCUCGGAAAGCCAAAGCUAUUCUAGACGAUGAUAAUGUAUCGCAGGACACUGAAACUCGUGGUAGAGUGUUGGAUGCCUCAACAGCUUCCCAGAAGCAACAAUCAGCUGAGAGCUAUAGACGAAUGGACCAUCCUGCAAUAAGAAGGGGCUUGGAUAGGCUCAACACUUCCCUUAAUCAAAUUGAUGACUCAUUUGAAAAGACAUUUGAGGAAGGUCGAACAAUUGUGGAAGGUAAAACGCAAGAUAUCAUCCAUGAAACACGCAAGCUUCAAAUCAGGCGAAAGGGGAACAGUCCCAUGGCACAAAAUCAGUUCACUGGUAUCAACAGCACAGUGCAGCCACCAAUGCAGCUCCAGAAUCAAACCAACCAUGAUAACCAACUCAAGGCAUCUCGAGACGUUGCAAUGGCCACAGCUGCUAAAGCAAAACUUCUUCUUCGGGAGCUGAAAACUGUUAAAGCAGAUUUGGCUUUUGCAAAGGAACGAUGUGCUCAACUGGAGGAGGAGAAUAAACUCCUUCGGGAGAGUCGAGAGAAAGGGGAUAAUCCUGCAGACGAUGACUUGAUUCGACUGCAACUGGAGACAUUGUUGGCAGAAAAGGGACGAUUGGCGCAUGAGAAUUCGAUAUAUGCUAGAGAGAACCGGUUUCUAAGAGAAAUAAUAGAGUAUCAUCAACUGAGCAUGCAGGAUGUUGUGUACUUAGAUGAGGGGGCUGAAGAAGUUGCGCCGGUUGGUUCUCCCAUCAACUUCCCCCUCUCAAAAAUGCUUUCCGGUGAUUACACACCUGAGUUGGAGGUGUUGGACCCUUCUUCUAGUCCAAGUAAGCCUCGAAUUCGCAGCCCCAGCCCCAGUCCAAGUCAGCCUCGAAUUCGCAGCCCCAGCCCAAGUCUAAGUCAGCAUCGAAUUCGCAGCCCCAGCCCGAAUCUAAGUCAGCCUCGAAUUCGCAGCCCCAGUCCCAGCCCCAGCCCAUGCCGCCAACAGCCAAUACUAACAAAGGAAAUCUCGUCUCACCUUAGCCAACCAGCAGAGGAAGCAAGCAAAGGAACUACUCCGCCUCAUGCCUCCAACUCCAAAACUAAUGUCCCACCUACUUCCACCCACUGAUGGACAAUGCAACACCACCUCCUCCACUCACUUCUCUUAGAUUUAGUCUUUACCUUGGUAUUUAUAUAGAUGGUUUAUAUAUCAUUUUUACAGAAUUUUUCCCUUUUUCUUUGACAUGUAAUUUGUUCAUAGUCGUUUUUGGUCCUCUGGUCCAUGACUAAAUAAGAAAUGCUUCUCCAUCAUUCGAGUUUAAA